CGCCAGUCAUCACGUAACCGCGAGAAACACUCCGAGUCUUGACUGGAAUUUUCUGUCAUCAAUCGCCAAAAAUGUCUUACAACAAGGAUAAGGAUUUCGGCGAGGGCCCUAAGAUCCACAAGAUCCGCAUCACCCUCACCUCCCGCAAGGUCCAGUCCCUCGAGAAGGUCUGCCAGGAGCUCAUCGACCGCGCCAAGACCAAGGACCUCCGCGUCAAGGGCCCUGUCCGCCUUCCCACCAAGAACCUGAAGGUCACCACCCGCAAGACCCCUUGCGGUGAGGGUUCCAAGACCUGGGAUACCUACGAGAUGCGCAUCCACAAGCGUCUCAUCGACCUGAACGCCCCCACCGAGGUCGUCAAGCAGAUCAUCAUCAACAUCGAGGCCGGUGUUGAGGUUGAGGUCACCAUUGCCGCUUAAAUGCUUUCAUGCUACGGCAUGAAUGGUGCAAGGGGACGGAUCUUAUAAAAAGACAUUCGGCUGGUCAUCUAGGAUUAGGAAUCCAUGACUCGUCUACUGGCGAUAAACGGUUCCCAUGCUGUGAUUUCGUGAACUGAUUGACCCAUUAAUCCUGAUCUCAGUGCAAAACCUAUAUACACCCAGCGAUGCAGGACCUUGGGUCCUGCAGGGAUUCGACUCGAUCUAGAGUAGUGUCCUUAACGGAGCGUUGGAAGAUUGAAAACAACCGGGCAAGCCUGGCUUAAUUGCUGGUUUGCUUGGUCCGACCUUAGAAGGCGUGUUGUUCGGUGGUCGCAAGGCCCGUGGACGAUGCGCAAGAGAACAUUUCGGACAUUCUUGAAAUUACCUUG